CCUUCGUCGGUGAUCACGUGUUGUCAGCUCCAAGUCAGCGAAGUUGUUGGAAAAGUUUUGACAAGACUAAGGAUCUUCGACACAGCUGCAAAGAGACCAGGAUCGGCGAUUCAUAAGCGCUCCUAAACUCUGAUUUUGGGUCUGGAGAAACAAUGGAAUCCGUUGCGCAGAAAGUGAUGACUUCGGGAUUCAGUCUUGACUUUGGACCUCUUAAAGAGCCUUUGGCAUUCAUCCGUUUGCUAGAAUGGGUCUUCUCCAUAUUUGCCUUUGCUACAACCGGAGGUUACAGCGGCUCAUCCAGCAUCAAUGUCAAAUGCAACGGAACAGACAAUAAAGAAAUAACAGCAAACUUUAACUACCCAUUCAGGUUGAUGGAUCAUCCCUACGCUGUCCCUAACUGUAAUGGAACAUCCAAUAAUUACUUUCUGACUGGAGACCACUCAUCCUCUGCGCAGUUUUAUGUCUGUAUCGGUGUGUUUGCGUUCCUCUACUGCACCGCCACGCUAAUCAUCUAUUUGUGUUACAACCACUUGUACAGGGAACCUAGUCGGGGCCCGAUCCUGGACCUGGUGUUGACUGCGGUGUUCGCCUUCCUGUGGUUGGUAUCAGCUUCUGCUUGGGGUAAAGGUUUGUCUGAUGUCAAGAGGGCUACCGAUCCUACAUUCUUGCUGACUCUUUUUGACGUUUGCAAAGGUGGCGUGCACAAGUGCACAACGGGGGCUCUGCCUUCCAUGGGUCGAUUGAAUGCCUCUGUGGUAUUUGGUUUUCUUAACCUCAUCUUGUGGGGAGGCAACUGCUGGUUUAUUUACAAGGAAACGCCUUUCCACAAAUCAGCCAACCCACCUGCAAAUGUGGAGGGGUGACCGAAGCCGUUCUAACUACACAGCCACUUCAUUUUAAAAUAGUCUAACAUGUAGUGUUGCUACACAAAUGCUUUUGGUUAGGACUGCAAAAGGAAAAAUACUAUUCUAUAACAAAUGUAUUUCAAACUGACUGCUCUUUUUUUUUUUUUUUUUUGCAGUAUUAAUUUCAGAUCUGGAUUUUCUCUCAAACGCAUUUUACAAAGAACAUUUUUAUAUCUAUAUGCAUCAAAUAUGAAGGGCCCCUUAUUUCUAAUGAGACUAUGGAUGUGCAGUAUUUUGUAACCAUACAUUCUGCAUUCAGAAUUUUUUUUUUUAAAGGCUCAGGGCUGUUGAGUGUAUGAAGUGCAAGAAACCUAAUAAAUAAAAUAUAGUUUAAGUGCAUUGAUUCUUAACACAACUGUAGGCUGUGGAUACGAAUUUCAGCACAAUCUUUAUUAUAAAGGCCUGAAAAUAUAGA